AUGGAAACAAGCAAGUUCCUCAACGACGACAUUGCAGUCCGGAUUGCGCAGCACCCUGACCGGUUUGUCGGGUUGGCAACCCUGCCUUUGCAGGCCCCGCUUUUGGCAGUGGAAGAGCUCAAGAGAGUCGCAGUGGACCUGAAAUUCUCUGGCAUUCAAAUCGGAUCCCACGUCAACCAGUGGAACCUGGAUGAACCUGCAUUGCAUCCAGUUUACAAGACUGCCGAAGACUUGGGCCUUGCAAUUUUUGUGCACCCCUGGGACAUGGACACUGCUGGUGGCAGAUUGGUCAAGUAUUGGAUGCCAUGGUUGGUGGGAAUGCCGAGUGAGACAGCAGCCGCAAUUUGCAGCAUCCUCAUGGGCAACAUCCUGGACUUGUUCCCCAGACUCAAGUUCUGCUUUGCUCACGGAGGCGGAGCCUUUCCCUUCACCGUCGGCCGCAUAACGCACGGACACCAAGUUCGGCCCGACUUGUGCGCAACCAACUGCAAGGUGUCACCCCAAGAUUACCUUGGACGAUUCUACACCGACUCCCUGGUGCACGAUGCCAAGGCCUUGGAUUACCUAAUCUCUGUCAUUGGCGAGGACAAGGUGAUACUUGGAAGCGAUUACCCCUUCCCAUUGGGCGAGAGUCACCCGGGCCAGCUGACUGAAGAAGCCAAGUUACUCGGCUCGGACUUGAAGGAAAGGAUCUUGUGGCGGAACGCCGUCGAGUUCCUCGGACUGGAUCGGGUUGUGCAGCAGCAACAACAACAAGCCAGGCUUGCCAGCGCCUGAUAUAUUAGACUGACUGAUCGAUUCCCGCAAAUAUAUUUUAACCUCCGUCUCGGUGAUGAUGCGUGUAAAAGCUUCUCCUCGUCCAGUAUAAAUGCAUUCCAAUAAUAAAAGUCACAUGCUCAUUUUGUGGGCAAUGCA